CAUGGCGCGCUACAUACAGUCACAAAAGUGUUUGUUUAGGUUCAUUCGAGGAUAUAACAGCAGUCAGCGAUUCACUAAAAACAAUUUUUGUGCAUUUACUAACGAUUCUAUUCCACAUGUGAUACACGACAGACAAAAUCAGCGUUUCACUAUCGCCUGUGAUGCAGACGAAAAAUCAGUGUUGAAAUACAUCUCCAGAGGUGACGGACAGGUGGAGCUGAUAUCUACAGAAGUUCCUGAAUCACACAGGGGUAAAGGUGUAGCAGCACACCUGGCCAAGGCUGCUCUGGACUUUGUCAUUGAAGAAGAUUUGAAAGCAAGAAUAUCCUGCUGGUACAUCAGAAAAUAUGUGGAUGAAAAUCCACAUCUAGGAUACCGGGCUUACAUUAAAGACUGAUGGCACAAAUAAACCUGAAACAGAUUCUACCUCAAUUUUGUUUGUACGUCCAACUACCAAAUGUGAUGUCCCGAGGGCAUUUGUGCAAUAUUUGUUUUUAUUGAGGGUGAUAUUAUAAAAAAAGAUAGUAUGUUAGAAAAAUGCAUGGUGCUAAACCUGGUUAAGUAUUUAUUUAUUGACAAAAAGGGUCACAACAUAUCAAGAAUAAAGGUUUUAGCAUGGGUUUUAUUCUUGUGCUCAAAAUAUGCACAGAAAAACAAAACAUGAAUAUUGAAUAAGAAUAUUUGGAAAAUCCUGUGAUGUUUUUGACUACUACAGUCAUUCCAAUACGUGUUUAUAUUUGUAUGAACACUAAAAGAGUCAACACCAUAAGACAUAGACUCCAAAUGUUUCACAGACAUGUGACUGAAGGUAGGCUCAAAAGUACCAGUCAGUAUCUGGUGUGGCCACCAGCUGCUUGAAGUACUGCAGUGCAUCUCCUCCUCAUGGACUGGACCAGAUUUGUCAGUUCUUGCUGUGAGAUGUUACCCCACUCUUCCAUCAAGGCACUUGCAAGUUCCUGGACAUUUCUGGGGGGAAUGGCCCCAGCCCUCACCCUGCGAUCCAACAGGUCCCAGACGUGCUCAAUGGGAUUGAGAUCCAGGCUCUUCGCUGGCCAUGGCAGAACACUGACAUUGCUGUCAUGCAGAAACUCACGCACAGAACGAGCAGUAUGGCUGGUGGCAUUGUCCUGCUGGAGGAUCAUGUCCGGAUGAGCAUACAUAAAGGGUACCACAUGAGGGAGGAGGAUGUCUUCCCUGUACCGCAAGGCAUUGAGAUUGCCUGCAAUGACAACAAGCUCAGUCCGAUGGUGAUGUGAUAUACCGCCUCAGACCAUGACGGGUACAGGCCCCGGUGUAACGCUCAUUCCUUCGACGAUAAACACGAAUCCGUCCAUCACUCCUGGUGAGACAAAACCGUGACUCAUCAGUGAAGAGCACUUUUUGCCACUCCUGUCUGGUCCAGCGAAGGGGGGUUUGUGCCCAUAGGCGGCGUUGUUGCUGGUGAUGUCUGGUAAGGACCUGCCUUACAACAGGCUUACAAGCCCUCAGUCCAGCCUCUAUCAGCCUAUUGCGGACAGUCUGAGCACUGAUGGAGGGAUUGUGUGUUCCUGGUGUGACUCGGGCAGUUGUUGUGGCCAUCCUGUACCUGUCACAAAGGUGUGAUAUUCGGAUGUACCGAUCCUGUGCAGGUGUUGUUACACGUGGUCUUCCACUGUGAGGAUGAUCAGCUGUCCUUACUGUCUCCCUGUAGUCUUAGGCGUCUCACAGUGCGGACAUGGCAAUUUAUUGCCCUAGCCACAUCAGCAGUCCUCAUGCCUCCCUGCAGCAUGCCUAAUGCACAUUCACGCAGAUGAGCAGGGACCCUGGGCAUCUUUCUUUGGGUGUUUUUCACAGUCGGUAGACAA